GAUCAUUGAGUACGGCACGGAACACUCAAGUGUGCAAUACAAAAAUGAAAACAAAUGUUUAGAAAAUAAUUAUUAAGCGACGUAAAUCAGAACUUGUGUAAAAAACCAAUAUCAAGCAAUAAUGAAAAACAUGUGGAUUAUAUUUAUGAUUUUGGGCAUCAUUGUGCUUUGUUUGCUGGCGCUGCUGGUAAUGGCGGCGCGUUAUCAGCGCGACUAUUGGCGCUACCUGGGCAUACCGCAUGAGCGUCCCAAGAAAUUGUGGCCCAUUAUAAAGCAGCUGGCAACGCAGUCGCUAAGCACAGAGGCGGGCAAGUCAGCGCAUUAUACGGAGAUAUACAAAAAAUUUAAAGGCAGCGGCCCGUUCUGCGGUUUCUAUGCGCUGCUGCAGCCGCGCGCUUUGGUGCUGGAUCGCGAGCUUAUACGACUUAUAAUGGUUAAAGACUUUUCCAAUUUCAAUGAUCGCGGCAUUUACUGCAAUCAAAAGUCAGAUCCGCUGUCUGGCGAUCUAUAUGGACUACGUUGCAACAGCUGGAAGGAAAUGCGACAGAAACUUGAUCCUACUUUCGAGCUAAGCCGCAUGUCCUGGCUCUAUGGCAGUUUGUAUGAGGAAGCGGAGCAGUUGCUGCUUACAGUAAGCAGCACAUUGAUGAAGCAAUCGCAUGCCACGUUGCAUAUACAAAAGCUAAUGCGUCGCUAUGUGUUGAGCUCGCUGGCCAGCUGCGUUUUUGGUUUGACAGCUGAGCAGCGUCAGAAAUAUGCGCUGGAUGAAUUCGAGCGCAUGACGGAGCUGGUGCUGAGCACGCGCAAACAUGGCUAUCUAAUGAAUCUAAUGAUGAUACGUUUUCCCAACUUUUGUCGCGCAUUUCGCAUGCGUCUAACACCAAAGCCGGCGGAGCAAUAUUUUCUGCAGCUGCUGGAGGAUGUGGUGCAGCAACGUGAGGCAAGCGGCGUGCGUAGACAGGACUAUAUGCAGCUGCUGCUGGACAUUAAAGCGUUGGAGUUGACCACACAUGAAUAUGAAGCGGAUAAGGUGCUAAAGUUGCAUUUGCAACACGAGCUGGCGGCGCAUGCGUUUGUUUUUCUCAAAGCUGGUUAUGAACAAACUUCCAACACUUUAACCUGCGUGCUCUAUGAGUUGGCAUUGCAUACUGAAGUGCAGUCGCAGCUGCGUCAGGAGCUUAAAGCCGCUCUGGAGCGUCAUGACAACAAUUUAAGCUUUGAAUGCGUUCAAUCUUUAACUUUAAUGGGUCAUGUUAUACUCGAAACGCUGCGUCUGCAUCCCAUUACGCCUUAUAUAAUGCGCCGCGUGCUCAACGAUUUUGUUGUGCCCGAGCAUAUUAAGUAUACGCUGUUCAAAGAGCUGUUCGUUAUAAUUCCCACUCACGCCAUACAUAACGAUCCAGAGUAUUAUCCAGAGCCACACAAAUUCAUGCCCGAGCGUUGGGGCAGUCCACGCAAUUCACUCAAUGAGCAAACCACUUGGUUUGGCUUUGGCGUUGGUGUGCGCGAUUGCAUUGGCAUUCAGUUUGCCCAACUACAGCUGCGCUUAGCUCUAGCGCUGCUGCUGCUUGAAUUCGAGUUUACGCUCAACUCCAAGCGUCCCUUAGUGAGCAUUGAGGAUGGCGUUGCGCUGCAGCUUACGCCGCUGGGCGUCGUUGAGCCCGGCAACGAGGAGCGCGCGCUGUAGCAGCAAGAAUUUAAAUUCCAAACAUUCCACAUUUAAUAAUCUAAUUAUUUAGCUAAUUAGCUUAGAGCAAUGCUAUAAAAAUGACAAACUUAAUUAUUACCUUACUAUAUGCCAACAAUUUUGAGCCGAAAUAUCAAUUCAUAGUCAGCAUUAGAAAUACAAACUAUAAUUAACUUUUAAUUUAGAGUCUAUAAUUAAAUUUCCAUCCUAUUUUAUUUAUUCAAACAAAAUAGCAAUAAUAAGCAUAAUAUUUGUGGGCGCACAGUGGUACAAAGCUAAAAUUUGCAAUUAAAAUUAAAAUGAACUCAGCUUAUAAAAAUAAAUACGUUGAAUACGAAUA